GAGGGAAAAAAGCCCCGCAGCAAACCGAAACUAAAAACACACGGAGGGAGCUGAUCCGGCAGAGAAGCUGCUGUUGACCUCCGACAGCCUCAUCUGGAGGCUUGGUGCGCCUCAAGUGUGCGUCGAAGUGGAUCCAAAAAGGCCAGAAGCAGAAGUACAACGAGGAUUUCUGGGACGGAUCUGGGCUGCACGUUUCACUUCUGCUUUCACAGAGAGAGAGUAGAAAGCCGGUGAAUGAGGAGGGAGGAUUUACAGUCGCUUUGCUUGGACGAUGAGGCAGAAGAGAAGAUCCCUCAGGUGAACCAUGGCUAAGAGUAACAGUCCUGCUCCAGUGGUGAUUGGAGAAUCCUCCCUGAAGGGCUGGACAGAGAUUGGUGAGGGCGGUUUUGGAAAAAUUUACAAGGCCAGGCACCAUCGGUGGUGCUGCGAUGUGGCCAUUAAGCUGCUUCGCUACGACGACGGGAACAGCUCGUCUUUGCUGCGUGAGGUCGAGAUGAUGUGUCUGGGAAAAAACCCGUACGUUAUCCAGGUCCUCGGGAUCUUUGAAGGCCGACCGCCCUUCAAUGAAUCGUGGACACAGCUGGGGCUGGUCAUGGAGUUCAUGGAUAGUGGAUCACUGGCCUCCCUGCAGAAAACCUUGAACAGACCCCCUCCCUGGCCGCUGGCCUUCAGGCUGGUUCACCAGGUGGCUCUGGGCAUCAACUUCCUCCACAGUCUCACUCCUGCUCUGCUUCACCUGGACCUGAAGCCCAGCAAUGUGCUGCUAGACUCCUCUCUGAACGCCAAGCUCACCGACUUCGGCCUGGCCAGGAUUUCCCACAGCAGCACACGGACCUCUAAGAAGGGCAGCGAGGAGGAAGGAGGAACUCUCGACUAUAUGCCACCGGAAGCCUUUAGCACCUCGUACUGCCCAACACGGGCCUCUGAUAUCUACAGCUACGGCAUCCUGCUGUGGUCCAUUGUCACUGGGAAACAACCAUAUCCACAUGCUUUCUCCAGCGUCGUGAAAUUCCGUAUCCCUCGGGGCGACCGGCCGUUGCUGGAUGAAAUCAGACGUCAGGCUGCAGGAUGUGCAGGUCUGUCGGUGCUGAUGGAGCUCAUGAUGAAAUGCUGGUCGGGAAUACCCUCAGAAAGACCGUCCAGCUUUGAGUGCGCAACCAUGACGGAGGAGCUGUUUAAGAUGCACAAACAUGCGCUUUUAGAGGCUGUCCGUCAAGUGCAGGAUCAACUGAGCAGAAAAGAAGACGACGACUUAAGACGUCGGAUGCAGAGAGUUGGAGUUACUGAAGCUUCAGUGAGUUUCAGAGGUCCGGCUGGGAGCGACAACGUGCCGACGGGGCCGUCGCCGGUUCAGGAAAUGGCUGACGGUUUCACAAACCACAGAGAGAAGACAAAACUCAGAGCUUCACCUCCUCCUGCUGGUCCGUUUCAUGGCCGGGUUAGUCCAGCAGACAGCAGACUGAAGCCGUCCUCUGUUCAUCCCAUUCACUCGUCUCCAUCGUCGCCUUCCACCAGCCGCUCGGCUAAAGGAAGAGCAGCGAAAAGCUUCCUGAAGGAAGACCUGCAGCACUAUCAGCGUCAGCUCUCCAGCCCCGGCACUUUCUCCGACCAUCCGUCCCCAGCGAGGAACGUUAACAUCAACAUCAGCAACGGGGUCGGAGUCCAGAUUGGCAACAACAACACAAUGCAUAUCUGCGAUGCCGCCUACUUCUCUGAGAGGAGGAAGCGACACCCGACAGCGCCUCAGUGAUCGAAGAGUUCUCAACUUUCUUUAUUUAGGGUCCGAGCACCGAAUGGUGCAAAGAUCUUUGAAACCCAGGGGUUCAACAUUUUCAUUCUUAGUCUGUCUUUUUAAAUUGCAGAAACUCUGCUCCCACUUUAGGACACAGGAAGUGUUGUCUGACGGGCCUGUACAUGCAUCAGUCUGCCUCAAACUUUACAUAUUUGAUCAGAGUCCAGCCCUCAUAACAUCCAUAGGCUGAAAUACACUCUCAGUUACAGCACCACCUGGUGGACAUGCUUGGAUUAGCUCCUCAGCAAGGAUGCGAGGACCCGACCAACGUUUGCAGCCUUAAUUUUAUUUUUUUUCUCUCCGAAUGCUUGACUGAGCUGCUUUUAUUUUUAAUACUUUUGUUCUUAUGUUGUUUUUCAAGUCUGAGCAGGAUUCAGGAGGCAUUUUAGUACAAAAAAUGUAUUUUUAAAAUUUUUUUCUGCUUUUGUUGGACAGUUUGAGCCCAGUAACACCUCACACCUCCCUUCUGCCUCAUCAGCAACAUGAACAUGAGCCAAGUCUGCUCAUAUGGUUUCAUCUUUUUCACCAACAAAUGGAGCCAGCUCACCGUCAGGCGCCAAAAAAUGCCUGAACACACUGACUAUUAUUCAGAACGGCUCAAUAUGUGCUUUAAAACCUGUUCUCUGGUGCAUUUUGGGUUCAUUUUAACCUAAAACGCACAUUAAAAAGUGACAGAAGCUCAUUAUUUUAAUUCAUUCACCUUCAUGUGCUCUGAAAUACUCCAGAUAUACUGUGUAUAUGUGUGUUUUUAUGCAUUAAUUUGGUCACUUCAUGGUACUUUUGUGAGUGCAGCCAAGAAAGUUUUUAUUUUAUUAUUGUACAUUUAUUAAAAAUGGAUUUUCUAAAAGAAAAAAGGUUGAAUUGUAACUCAGGUGUGCAUUAAACGGCAUGUCAGUGUUGAAUAUUUCACCCAGUCAAAACGAAGCGUAGCUUCAGUGAAGUUCAGGAACAAAUAAUGAAAUAUUUUAUUUGUCGUAUUGUUUGGCAUAAAAUCUUGUAUCUUAAAAAAAGGAAUCUGGUGUUUGUUUACUUUUCAUCUACUGGGUAAAUCUACAAGUGUUUUCUUUUUUCUGUAAAUCUUUAAAAACUAUUUCCUAAAACAUCUGCUCACUGUAGUUUUAUCAAAAAGAACAACUGUAAAAUAACAAUUAGACAAAUACAAUUAAAAUCAAUUCAUCAUCAUCA